GUAGCAGGCCAGGAACUCUCUCUCUCUCUCUCUCUCUCUCUCUCUCUCUCUCUCUCUCUCUCUCAUCGGGAGGUUGGGGGCACACCUUAGCCAUGGAGUAUGCAGCUGAGGACGCGAUGACGAUGACCGUCGAUCUGGAGGAUGGGGAAUUGAAGCCCAGGCCAGAGAAGAUGCCUGAGCUGUCUCGCAUUGCGAGUAUGACUGUGCGUGUCAAGGACUCGAUCCGUGAUUACCGUAAUCAGAUCAUAUUUAUGCUCUCUCGAUUAGUGGAGAAAGGCAAGCAUACUCUGCAGCCACAUGAACUGCAGAAGCAGCUGGAGCGCGUCGGAGCCAUCGAGUGUUUCUCCGGAACUACCAUCAAGGACAGCGCUUUUGCCACUCUUCUGCAGUCCGCGCAAGAAGCGGUGGUCAUACCGCCUUGGAUCGCGAUGGCGGCGCGGCCGCGUGUGGCAGAAUGGCUCUACGUGCGAAUCAACGUGUUUGAGCUGUCGGUGGACGAGUUGACCGUGUCGGAGUAUUUGGACUUCAAAGAGCAAUUGAAGCUUGACAAGCCGGUGGACGAGUUUUCGCUUUUGGAGUUCGAUAUGGGCCCAUUCAACGCGAAUUUCCCGCGUAUGACCCGACCGUCUUCGAUCGGCAACGGCGUCGAGUUUUUGAACAAGCACCUUUCCACGAAGCUGUUUAAGAACGCCAAGGCAUUGCAACCGCUGCUGGAUUUCCUGCGCAAUCACAAGUACCAAGGGGAGACGUUGAUGGUGAACGACCAACUUGAGGAUUUGCCCGCUCUGCGGGACGGACUGAAGAAGGCAACGGAGUACUUGUCGAGUGUUGGACACGAUGCGCCCGUCUCCGCCGUGCAGGACCAGCUUCGAGCGCUUGGAUUCGAAAACGGAUGGGGAAAUUGCGCCGGCCGCAUCAAGGACAUGAUGGAAUUGCUGGAGGACCUCAUGCAAGCGCCAUCGCCAGUGUUGCUCGAGAAAUUCCUCGCGCGCGUGCCCAUGAUCUUCAACGUCGCCAUCAUCUCUCCGCACGGGUACUUUGGUCAGGCCAACGUUCUGGGGCUCCCUGACACAGGCGGGCAGGUGGUUUACAUUCUGGACCAGGUCCGUGCUCUGGAACGCGAGAUGCUGAAUCAUGUUCAGAACCAGGGACUCCGGUUCAAACCACAGGUGAUCGUUUUGACCCGUCUGGUCCCUGACGCCCACGGGACCAACUGCGAUCAGAGGUUGGAGAAGAUCGAGGGCACAGAGUACGCGAAGAUCCUGCGAGUGCCGUUCCGAGACCUUGCGAAAGGCGAAGGCAUCUUGAGGAAAUGGGUGUCCCGCUUCGAUAUCUGGCCCUACCUGGAGACGUUUGCAGAGGACUCGGCGAAAGCGCUGGUCGAAGAGAUGGGAGGAAACCCAGAUCUUAUCAUUGGCAAUUACAGCGACGGCAAUCUUGUGGCGACGCUGCUAUCUCAUAGAAUGCAAGUGACGCAGUGCACGAUCGCGCACGCGCUGGAAAAGACUAAGUACCCGAGCUCCGAUGUGAACUGGAAGGAGGUGGAGGAGAAGUACCACUUUUCAUGCCAGUUCACUGCUGAUUUGAUUGCCAUGAACCACACAGAUUUCAUCGUAACCAGCACCUAUCAAGAAAUUGCGGGCGGAAUCGACACGGUGGGGCAGUACGAGUCCCAUCAGGCCUUCACCAUGCCGGGGCUCUACAGAGUGGUGAACGGCAUCAACGUCUUCGAUCCCAAGUUUAACAUCGUCGCCCCUGGAGCAGAUGCGGAGGUGUACUUCCCCUACACGGCCAAGGAGAGGCGUCUGACGACGUUCCACUCUGCCAUCGAAGAUCUGCUGUUCGGGAACAUGGAGGAGCCGGCGCUGUGCAAGUCUGUGAUUAAAAAUAGACACAAGCCGAUCCUGUUCUCGAUGGCCCGCCUAGACAAGGUUAAGAAUCUCACAGGCCUCGUCGAGAUGUUUGGAAAGAACCAGCGGCUGCGUCGUCUGGUUAAUCUCGUUGUCAUUGGGGGGUAUAUCGAUCCGACGCUGUCCAAGGACCGCGAGGAGGUGGAGCAGAUCAAUCUGAUGCACAAACUGAUCGAGAAGUACCAACUGAACGGCGACAUGCGAUGGAUUGUUGCGCAGAAGAACAGGGUGCGCAAUGGAGAGCUAUACAGGUAUGUGGCGGACACGCGCGGAGCGUUUGUGCAGCCGGCGUUCUACGAGGCGUUCGGACUGACGGUUGUGGAGGCGAUGACGUGUGGCCUUCCUACGUUCGCCACGUGUCACGGUGGUCCAGCGGAGAUCAUCGAGGACGGAAAGUCGGGAUUCCAUAUCGACCCUUAUCAGCCCGACGAGACGGCGAAAGCCCUCGGCGACUUCUUCGAGGCCGCUGCGGCCGACCCCACCAAGUGGGAGGCUGUAUCACGUGGCGGACUUGAGCGGAUUAGAAGCAAGUACACGUGGGAGAUCUACGCGCGGAGGUUGAUGACUUUGUCGAGGGAGUACGGGUUCUGGAAGUUUGUCAGCGAUCUCGACCGCAGGGAGGCCAAACGUUAUCUUGAGAUGUUCUAUAUUCUCAAGUACAGACCGCUCGUGAAGAAAGUGCCGUUGACUGUCGACGCGCCCGAUCGGCCCAUGGCGGGAAGAAGAUGAAAAGAAAAGAGGCGGGAAACCUGAAGAAAAAGUGACGGAGAGCAUGGCGGGAAGAAGAUGAAAAAACAGAGGCGGGAAACCUGCAGAAAAAGUGACGGAGAGGAGGAGAGAAGGGGGGUCCGGGAGGGCGAGAACGAAUGAAUAGAUGAAAAGACG